AAUAACAUUUCAACCACAAUGCCAUUAUUAUGUUCUAGCAAUAAUUAUGAUAGUAUUUUUGAAAAUUCCAAAGUCAACAAACCAAUAUCACAACUUCCAAAUAAUAUAACAACUGUGAAUAAUUAUGAAGAGUAUGGUGCUAAUGAAACUUUUAAUAAAUGGAAUAAUCAAAUUCAUCAUCACCACCAUCAUGUAGGAGAAGAUGACAACAUCAGCGGCAGCAGCAAUAAUAAUAAUAAUGAAACUGUUGAUUUAUUUAGAAAUGAAUUCUUUCUAUCAAAAAAUAAAGAUAAUAUUAAUAUUAACAACAAUUUAUUAGAAGAUGAAGAAUUGAGUGAAGAAUGGAGUGAUGAAAAUUGA